UGUGCAUAGCUUCUGAUGCUCUGUGGACUUCUGUGCCUGCUCAACCACAGCCGAUGCUUGCAAUAAAGGCUGGCAAACGAUCCCCAGUUUUUGUUUUACUUGCAGCAGGAAGCCCCACUGAUUUGAGAAGCACCUGCGAGGUUAGAAGCUCGACCCGAUCUCAGGACGCAUCUCCCAGAAACGACUUCCUGUUCGGAGGCCAGAGCGGAAAAUCAAACUCGGCCAAAGGCGAGUCACUAUUUUGGUCUGCCGGAAGACGAGAAAGCAAAUGAGAAAGACCCAGACCUCGCAAGAAGCGGAAGCAGCACUGCCUCGCCCCCGCGGUCGGUGCUCGGUCAGCUGACCGCAGUCCCGCGAAGACAAGGCGCAGAAAGGAAAGGAGGACCUUAGCCAGGGGCUGCUGCUGCUGCUGCCUGAUGUCUCCGCCGGCGCACACCUCCAUCCUUCGCUCCCCAGCGGCUCCUCUGGGGCUGAUCCAGCUCCUGCUCUGCUUGCAGCUGCCCUCUCCCGGAGAUGCUGCUCUCUACGACCCCACGUGGGAGUCGCUGGACUCCCGGCCUCUCCCCGCCUGGUUUGAUGAAGUCAAGUUCGGCAUUUUUAUUCACUGGGGCAUCUUCUCGGUGCCAAGCUUUGGCAGCGAGUGGUUUUGGUGGUAUUGGCGGAAAGAAAAGAGAGAGCCCUAUGUAAACUUUAUGAAGAGCAACUAUCCUCCUGGUUUCAGUUACGAAGAUUUUGGCCCUUUGUUUACAGCAGAGUUUUUUGAUGCCAACCAGUGGGCAGACAUUUUGAAAGCAUCAGGUGCCAAAUAUGUUGUCUUGACUUCAAAGCACCAUGAAGGUUUUACAUUGUGGGGAUCUAAAUAUUCUUGGGCUUGGAAUGCUGUUGAUGUUGGACCCAAACGGGACAUUGUGGCUGAAUUAGCAUCAUCCAUUAGAAGUAGAACGGUCUUACACUUUGGACUCUAUCACUCACUGUUUGAAUGGUUCAAUCCUCUCUUCCUUGAUGAUGCCUCUACUGGGUUCCUAAAAAACCGAUUCCCAAGUGCCAAGUCACUCCCAGAGUUGUAUGAGAUUGUGAACAUGUACCACCCAGAGAUUCUGUGGUCAGAUGGAGAUGGGGGUGCCCCAGACACUUACUGGAACAGCACUGGCUUCCUAGCUUGGCUUUAUAAUGACAGCCCUGUUCGGGACAUGGUUGUAACAAAUGAUCGCUGGGGAGCUGGCUGCAUUUGUAAACAUGGAGGGUAUUACACGUGUGCCGAUCGUUAUAACCCAGGACACCUUCUGCCCCAUAAGUGGGAAAACUGUAUGACGAUAGACAAAAAUUCAUGGGGAUACCGGAGGAAUGCACAGUUGAGUGACUACCUAACAAUUGAAGAGCUUGUAAAGCAACUUGUAGAAACAGUGUCAUGUGGAGGAAAUCUCUUGUUGAACAUCGGGCCCACCCACGAUGGUCGCAUUCCUGUUAUUUUGGAGGAGCGCUUGAAGCAAAUGGGGUCAUGGCUGGCCCUCAAUGGGGAAGCCAUUUUCAGCACUAAACCUUGGAGGGCUCAGAAUGACAGUGCCACACCAGGAGUAUGGUAUACAUUCAAGCCAAAAGAAGACAUUCUGUAUGCCAUUUUCCUUAACUGGCCAUCUUCAGGAACUCUGAUGCUUGGGGAACCAAAAGGCGUUACCGGAAAGACAGAGGUUAAGCUGAUUGGAUAUGAAGAGCCAUUGCCAUGGACUUCCAUGGGGGAAAAGGGAAUGAUGGUAGUCACACCUCAAUUGCCAUUCACUAUAUUUCCAUAUCAGUGGGGCUGGACUCUGCAGCUAACUAAUGUCUAUUAGCAACAGACAUCUUUCACUUUUAGUUAUUAUGACUGGUUCUCUUCUUCUUCUUCUGGUGAAUAAUCAGAGGUCACUCACCAUGGCUUACUUCUGAGGUGAUAGGAGAUAUGUAUCUGAAAUAAUCUAUAGGAAGGAGAUUCAUGCACUGAUCUUGUUCCUCCUUCAGCUUUUGAAAAGAGGACCUAUGAAAUUAGGCAGAAUCUACCACAAUUAGGCAGGAAGUGCAAGUAAACCACAGAGUGAAGUGAUGAAUUAUUUUUAGUCUCAGGGAUACAUGUCCUUUGGGGUAAUCUAGGGACCAAAUGCCAGUGCAGAGCUGAGCCAGAGGCAAAAGUGAGCAAUUAAAGUGAAUUUUACACUGUACAGUAGGCUACUUUUUUCACUUACACCUUGCUCUCUAUCCUCCAGCAACACAAGCAAGAGGGAUUACUAGAGUUUAAGGACAUAGACCAGUCAGGCAAAACCACUCGAGGAAUGGGCCUUGGGAAGAGUCAUCUUAUGAGGCUCACAAAAGACAGACUAAACAGAAAAGUUAUUAUGUGUCUUUUAAAAAAAGAAAAGUAUUUUGACUUUAAAAAGCAACCAAGGGCAGUGGCAGUGGGGGGUGAGGAGUCUGCCAUGCCUAAUGUUAGAUUUGGUGCUCAAAUAACUUUAUGGACAAAAAAGUAUGAGACAUUCUAAAACUGAAAUGUUGAAUCUGACUGAAAAUCGUGUUAGUCAAACUUUGAUGCUUGUGGUUAGGGCUUGGUUUGUUUUUUAAAUGCAGGUCUUAAAUCCAGAUAAAGUUAAGUAUGACAAACAAUACAAUCCUACCAUUGUCUAUGCAACAGUCCUAGUGGUGCCUCGCUAGACGAAAUUCGUUCCACGGGUCUUUUCUUAUAGCGAAAAAUUCGUCUAGUGAAUCCCAUAGGAAUGCAUUGAAUUUUUUUUGAUUUUUUUUUUGCCCAUAGGAACGCAUUAAUUGAAUUCCAAUGCAUUCCUAUGGGAAACCGCGAUUCGCUAGACGAAUUUUUCGUAAAACACAUUCGUCUAGCGAGGCAAGCUCCGCUCGAAAAAUCCUUUCGUUAAGCGGAAAUUUCGUUAAGCAGGGCAUUCGUUAAGCGAGGCACCACUGUACUAUGUUUGAUGGACUAUGCUCAAGUUAAGUGUUUAGGAUUGCUUUCAGUAGGGAUAAGUGGUAAGUAGCUGUGAAUUUAACUUCUUCCAUUGGUUUCAGUAAUAUUUGAUUCCAUUUCGCUGGAGUUGGGUUUCAGUUUCCUCAGUCCUAUAACCUACCUCAAUAUUACCCCAUCACACUUUCUUUGAAUAUAAAAUUAUAUAUUAGGACUUGGGUCAUAGUUCUGAUUAGUGAGAAAUGGCCUGCAGUUAUACACUUCUUAAAUUUUGAUAUAUGUACAUUCAGUUACUUAAGUACCAGACUGGUAAGAUUCUAAAGCUAUCACCUCUUUGGGUAUCUCGCCGUUUGUGCUUGAAAAAAAGAAAAAUAUUGCUAAUUAAAAUUUUUGUGUAAUUGUAAUCUUGAUGAAACACUUUAAUAAUAAAGCAGCUAAGGUUCUAUAAGGAUAAAUUAAUGUUGAAGUCCAGUCGCCUUGUUGAUUUACAACCAAAGUUUCUCUGUGUGAAAGUAUUUGCUUUCGUUAUGGGUUGGGCAAGUUCUAGCUGCUCAGUCCCACUCCUUUGCCUCAAAAGGAGCUUGGUGGGAGUGGUUUCCUGCUACAAACCAGAGAGGGAAAAGGACAAGGACAAGAAAUACUGCCAAAAUAAUCUUGCUUCUACUUGAAUGCAAUGUGAUUACUGUAUUUGACUGCAAUAUUUUUUUUUGAGAAACUUGUAAGCUGCUAGGGGGCCCUCUUACAAUCUAAUAGAA